AUGACAACCCAGCAACAGCGACAGAAGGAUCUUGAGGAGCUUGAGCAGCUGAACCUGAAAUACCUAAACAGCGACCAAAAUUCCGAUGUUGCAACUUAUGACACGUUCCUUGAUCCGAAUUUUACGGCUAGCCUUCAAGACACGAAACUGCACUCUCGAGAGGAAUUUCUCGAUAUGAUCUCGAAGCCGCGGCCGUUCACUGAGCUGUCGUGCCACGACGUCAACAUUGGCUUGUUUGGCGACGGGAGCGUAGCGCUGGUCAGGGCGAAAAUGAGCUUCCGCAAUCUAGAGGGCAAGGUGUGCUACGGAAGAUACACGGACGAAUACCAGCGUCAGAAUGGAAAAUGGGUCUGCAUAGGAGCUAAUGUCAUCUGCAACGAGAACUAA